CUGAACUGCACGCCAUGUCCGGCGACGAAACACGCCAAAAAGACCACGAUGAGUCCGACUCGGAGUCCGAGGAGGAAGACGUCCUCGACAACAUCCCUAAGGUCGACAUAGACGUCACGAAGUUAACACCACUUUCACCAGAGGUCAUCUCAAAACAGGCCACUAUCAACUUGGGCACGAUCGGACAUGUCGCCCACGGAAAGUCGACGGUGGUGAAGGCGAUAUCAGGGGUCAUGACUGUGCGGUUUAAGAAUGAGUUGGUGCGGAACAUUACUAUCAAGCUUGGUUAUGCCAACGCCAAAAUCUACAAGUGCGAGAACGCCGCUUGCCCAAGACCUGGCUGCUACAGGUCAUAUCGAUCUGACAAGGAAGACAAUCCCCCUUGCGAGCGGCCAGGCUGUGGUCACCGCAUGAAGCUCAUUCGCCACGUUUCUUUCGUCGAUUGCCCGGGACACGAUAUUUUGAUGGCUACUAUGCUUAACGGUGCCGCAGUUAUGGAUGCUGCAUUGCUUCUCAUCGCCGGUAAUGAAACGUGUCCUCAACCCCAAACAUCUGAGCACUUGGCGGCUGUCGAGAUCAUGAAGCUCGAGAAUAUCAUCAUCCUUCAAAACAAGGUGGACCUGAUCAAGGAGCAGCAAGCCCUGGAGCACCACAAGAGCAUUCUCGCAUUCGUCAAGGGCACUGUUGCAGAGAAGGCACCAAUCGUCCCCAUCUCGGCUCAGCUGAGGUACAACAUCGACGCAGUCAACGAGUACAUCGUGAAGCGUAUCCCCAUCCCUGUACGAGACUUCAUAGCCGACCCGAGGCUCAUCGUCAUCCGUUCCUUCGACGUCAACAAGCCUGGUGCCGAAGUCGAGGAGCUGAAGGGGGGUGUCGCUGGCGGCUCCAUCCUGACGGGUGUCCUGCGGUUAGGGCAAGAGGUCGAGAUUCGUCCCGGUAUCGUCACCAAGGACGCCCAGGGCCGGAACCAGUGCAAGCCCAUCUUCUCGCGCAUCGUGACGCUGCUCGCUGAGAACAACCAGCUGCAGUUCGCCGUGCCCGGCGGCCUCAUCGGUGUCGGCACCAGGAUCGACCCCACGCUCUGCCGUGCAGACCGUCUCGUCGGCCAGGUGCUCGGCGCAGUCGGCAAAUUGCCUCAGGUCUACACCGAGCUCGAGAUCUCCAUGUUCUUGCUCCGCCGGUUGCUCGGUGUCAAGUCCGACGACAAGAAACAGACGAGGGUCGCCAAGCUCACGAAGGGCGAGCUGCUGCUCAUCAACAUCGGCUCGACGUCGACCGGUGGCCGUGUGCUCAGCGUCAGGGCCGACCUCGCCAAGAUCCAGCUGACGACGCCGGCGUGCACGGAGAUCGGCGAGAAGGUCGCGCUCUCGCGGCGCAUCGAGAAGCAUUGGCGUCUGGUCGGAUGGGGCUCUGUGCAACGCGGCACUGUGCUCGAGCUUGACUGAGCAUUGGGCAGUUUCUCACUUCAUUGUGCUCACACAUGCAUCGCGCGCUCGCUGUGCCAUAUUUUCGAUAUUCGUGUAGCAAUAGAGGCCUGUAUCGAUGCGCAGUCUCGCACUCACACUCUC